CCAAACCUUCCAUUCCUUAGUCACUUUAGGAUCCUCAAGCCCUCCAAAACCAGCCCUCCACAGCUCAAAUGGCCGGCCAGCAGCUCAGGCCGGUGGCAUCGCUGCUACUAGUCCUCAACUUCUGCAUGUAUGUCAUAGUUCUGGGCAUCGGUGGCUGGGCGAUGAACCGAGCCAUUGAUCACGGCUUCAUCAUAGGUCCGGGAUUCAAUCUGCCAGCACAUUUUUCUCCGAUAUUCUUCCCGAUGGGAAAUGCUGCCACCGGAUUCCUUGUAGUCUUUUCUCUUCUCGCCGGUGUGGUUGGUGCCGCCUCUCUCAUUGCUGGUCUCAGCCACCUCCGGUUCUGGAACUCCGAUAGCUUGCCAGCCGCUGCUUCUGCCGCCACCAUUGCUUGGAGUCUUACUGUUCUUGCCAUGGGCUUUGCCUGCAAAGAGAUUCAGCAGGAAAUCAGGAAUGCACGUUUGAGAACAAUGGAAGCCUUCCUAAUUAUUCUUUCGGCUACACAGCUUCUGUACAUUGCAGUCAUCCAUAGGAUAUGAGAACUUGAAGAUUUGAGUUGUGUGCUCUUUUCUGUUCAUUUAUUUUUUUUCAGCUCAUCUCCAUUUGUACAAAAUUCCUCGGAUUGGCGGACUGUCUUUAUGUUUGGUGUGGUGAGAUUGCAUUUUCGUUGAAUAAAUAAUGUACAAAGAACAUGAUUUCCAAUUGAUAUUGUUAUGGUGCGAUGGAUUCUAGUUAUAAAAAUUGUCCCUUUACAAAAUAAGGGGUAAGGGCUACCACAAAAUCGACCCUUGCCUUAAUCCAUGAAUAGUUGCAAACAUAGCAUGAUUCAUUUUUCUUUCCGUUCACAAACCUUAGUUCAAAACCUAGCAUGGA